UUGUAGGUGAAAGCUCUGCAGCAGUGAAUAAUUCUGGAGUUGGUUUGCAUAUUACAAACCUCCCAGCAGCCAGGGACGACCAGAAUGAAGGAGGGAUGGCUGCUGCAGGACAUACUGGAUUACAAAGGGGCAUCGGGGUCGUGUCAGGACGGAUGAAUAGAAACCUAAGGUUGCAUGUUGGCAUGGUGAGGACCAUAGUUAAGAUGGAAAUUGAUGACAAGGGAGACAUGUUCCCAGGUAAGGUUGGCCUCAAGCAUGAGGAGCCACUUGCCACGAAUGUUCUUGCAUUCUGGGACAAAAUGUGCAGGACCAGCACCCGUAAUCUCAACAGGAAAUGGUACAAGCACCUGCUGCCCUACCUAAUAGUCAUGUCAGGGGAAGACUUUGUGAAUGAACUUGGUCCUGAUGGCCACCUGACAUCAGUCGGGUGGGGAGCUGUGUCGGGAAUGCUUGUCUAUAAAGAUGGAGGAAUGUAUGGUGACUGGGAAAUCAGGUGGCGGCACCUAUUCGACUUGCGAUUUGUGGUGAGACUGUACUUACAUUUCCUGAAGCAUGGUGCUGCUUGUAUAUAGUUGAGUGUUUGCCCCUGACUAUGUUGUGCGUUCUUUCAGCUUGCUCUUAUGUACAGGUGAUACGUAUCUGUCGUAUCUAUAAUUUUUGAUUGUUCCAUGCCAAUAUUCUACAACUUUUACUUACUUUUGGCAA